CUCUAAAUUCUGUGCAGCUGCUCGUAGCCUUUCUGCUGAAGGAUAUUUGUGGUUUUCAUUUGCUAACAUGUGUGGAAAUGAGAACAAAUGGCACGACGGUUAAGAUUGCAUUUUGCUACCCAAAGAAGCAGCACAGACCCAUCAAUGGAAGUCUCUGAAGAUGUUUUGGAUGGUAACAGUCGUAUGUACUUCAAAAAACUGCAGAAUUCUGCACCUAAUGUUACACAAAGGAAACUGACUCCUAGACAAGUUGCAUAUGCACCUGUAAUGCAGCAAGUAAUUAAUCAAGAGGAAAAUGCAACUACUUCUCCACUGCAAAUGAAAAAGAGCACCUCACUGCAUAUUUCCCUACAGACUAGAAAAUCUGGUGAAUGUUAUCAGUCUGGUGAGGAUGUGGCUACAGGUGAAGACUCUUCAUUCAUUGGUAUUGGUAAUGAAGAAAAUGGCAGUGCUGAAAUGAUUGUUGAUCAUCGAUCUAAUGAUAGCCUUCUGAGCAAUACUGCCCUGUGCAAUGGCAGUCUUAGCAGUAUUGCAGCCAGUGACAGUGGAUCAUUCAGCAGUGCUGGCAGUGACUAUGGAUCAUGUGCAAGUACCACAAGUGAUGGGGGUUCGUAUAGUAACAGUGUCAUCAGUGACAGUGGUAGCGGCACUCUUUUGACAAGUGAUGGUAUGUUAUGUAGUAAUGUUAUACAUGAUGAUUCUUCAUAUAGAAGCAUUGGAAACAAAUGUAAUUCCUAUAGGAACAACUCAUGUCAGGAAGUUCUGUGUAAAAGUAAUACUACUUUUGACCAAGAUGCUUUGUCAGUGAGGAAGAAAACUAAAAUUCCACUGCGACGUUGUUCAUCACUGGUUAUUUUCCCUAGGAGUCCUUCCAGUACUCCUCCAGCUUCCCCAGUAAGCUCAGGUCAGCUAUUACAUAGAAGUGCCUAUCAGACAUCCCAUAAACUAAUUAUUUCUCCUGGUGAGCUGGCACAAAAAGAAGAUCAAACCAUUUCCAAGGGAUUCCUUUCAACAGCAGUCAAUGGACUUCGACUGUCUAAAACGGUUUGCCCUUCUGGCGAAGUCAGAGACAUUCGACCACUUUACUUGAACAGAUCGUUACAGGACAAAAGCCAAAUUUUGAGUAGUCCUGAACAGGCAGUUUGUGAAGAUGUAUGUGAUGGCUUCUCACGUGUUUCAGUUCAUCUCACUCCAAGAGCAUUAGCGUCAAGCAGUGAAAUGGUUAAUGGCUGUUGCAGUCCGGAGUUAAAUCUGAACUCCAGCGCAAAAUGCCCGCAUUUAAAACUGGCACGUAGCACAUCGGCAUGUUUACCCUCAAAACCAGAUUCAGAAUAUCGCAUUGGUAGAAAUGAACUGGAAAGACCAAAUGCACAGAUGAGCAAAACCCACCAUGUUUUGCAAAGGAGUGUUUCAUUGGAAGGAUCACAUCAAAAAGUUUCUUGCUGUUUAUCCAGCCUUAAGUACAGGUGUCAUAGUGCAAGGACAUCUCAGUUGCACAUACAGUUCAAACCUGGGAAUGAAGGAAAAACAACCAGUGUUAAGAAAAGAUAUGGAAGCUCUAAAAGGGAAAUGUCUAGCACUUCUUGCUGGAGGCCCCAUAAGACUGAAAAUCCAAGUAUGGAGAGACCAUAUACAUUUAAGGAUUUUGUUCUUCAUCCAAGAAGCCAUAAAUCAAGAGUUAAAGGCCACCUUAGGUUAAAAAUGACCUAUUUACCUAAAAGCAAUGGGUCUGAAGAAGAAACCACAGAACAGGCUGAAGAAUUAGAGCCGGGGUGGAUUAUACUGGACCAACCAGAUGCUGCUAGCCAACCACAACAGCAACAGGAGGAAUCUCCUCCGCUGCCUUCAGGCUGGGAAGAAAGGCAAGACAUCCUUGGCAGGACCUACUACGUCAAUCAUGAAUUCAGAAGAACACAGUGGAAAAGACCAACUGCUCAGGACAAUGUAGCCGUUGCAGAUAUUGGUAGUGUGCAGCUGGAGGCCCAGCACGUGUUCACUCAUCGGCGACAAAUAUCAGAGGAUACAGAAAAUCUAGACAACAGAGAUUCCCCUGAGAGCUGGGAAAUUAUAACUGAAGAUGAGGCAACAAUGUAUAGCAAUCAGAACCUUCAAAUACCUCUUUCACAGAGUAAUUGUGAUAUACAAACUCACCUUGCAGAAGAAUUGAAUACCAGACUUACUACCUCUGGAAGUUCAGCUACUGGCCAGUCAGCAGCCUACACUAACCAUUCCAGCAGAAGAGGUAGUCUGCAAACAUACAGAGCUGAAGAGCAGCCUGCACAUCCAGUGUUGUUGCCUACUUCAUCGGGAUUACCCCCAGGCUGGGAAGAACGACAAGAUGAAAAAGGGAGGUCAUAUUAUAUAGAUCACAAUUCUAGAACCACUACCUGGAUAAAGCCAGUUGUACAGAUUGCUACAGAAACAGGUCAGUUGUCUGCUGCACAAAGUAUUUCUACAGGAAGACAACCACAAGCAACGUCAAGUGAUUCAUCACAACAGUCUUCUCAGCAGCAGCUUGAAGUGGAGCAAGGAUUUCUCCCUAAAGGCUGGGAAGUCCGGCAUGCACCUAAUGGGAGACCAUUCUUUAUUGACCACAAUACCAAAACUACAACAUGGGAAGAUCCAAGACUGAAAGUUUCUGCUCAUCCAAGGAGAAAGACUUCACUAGAUCCAGCAGACCCAGGCCCAUUACCACCAGGGUGGGAAGAGAGAACUCAUACAGAUGGAAGAAUAUUUUUCAUAAACCACAGUAUGUACAACAUAGCAUUCUCCUUCCAGUCAUCAUUUGAUUUCUGGAUAUUAUCUAAAUUAAUAGAACUAAUUAAGAAAUGUCUUGCAGAUACAAAGAAAACACAGUGGGAAGAUCCUCGACUGCAGAAUGUGGCAAUAACCGGACCAGCUGUGCCUUAUUCCAGGGACUAUAAGCGGAAAUACGAGUUCUUCAGAAAGAAAUUGAAGAAACAGAGUGAUAUUCCAAAUAGAUUUGAAAUGAAAAUUCACCGCACAGCAAUCCUUGAAGAUUCUUACAGAAGAAUUGUAGCUGUAAAGAGGGCAGAUUUCCUUAAAGCAAGACUGUGGAUUGAAUUUGAUGGUGAAAAAGGUCUUGACUAUGGAGGAGUGGCCAGGGAAUGGUUCUUUCUUCUCUCUAAAGAAAUGUUUAAUCCUUAUUAUGGAUUGUUUGAAUAUUCAGCUACAGAUAACUAUACUCUACAGAUCAAUCCAAACUCUGGACUUUGCAAUGAAGAUCACCUCUCUUACUUCAAGUUUAUUGGUCGUGUAGCUGGAAUGGCUGUUUACCAUGGCAAACUUUUGGAUGCCUUUUUCAUUCGUCCUUUUUACAAGAUGAUGCUCCAGAAACCAAUUACGCUUCAUGAUAUGGAGUCUGUGGAUAGCGAAUAUUACAAUUCUCUGAGGUGGAUUCUGGAAAAUGAUCCAACAGAACUGGACCUGAGAUUUGUAGUUGAUGAAGAACUUUUUGGUCAGACCCAUCAACAUGAACUGAAGAGUGGUGGAUCAGAAAUAGUUGUCACCAACAAGAACAAGAGAGACUACAUUCAUCUUGUAAUUCAGUGGAGAUUUGUGAGCAGAGUACAGAAGCAAAUGGCAGCCUUUAAAGAGGGUUUUUUUGAACUAAUUCCGCAGGAUCUCAUUAAAAUUUUUGAUGAAAAUGAGCUAGAGUUACUAAUGUGUGGACUGGGAGAUGUGGAUGUGGCUGAUUGGAAACUACAUACAAAAUACAAAAAUGGAUACAACAUAAACCAUCAAGUAAUACAGUGGUUCUGGAAGGCAGUCGUAAUGAUGGACUCUGAAAAAAGAAUCCGAUUGCUUCAGUUUGUUACUGGCACAUCACGUGUACCUAUGAAUGGGUUUGCUGAGCUGUAUGGUUCAAAUGGGCCACAGUUGUUUACAGUUGAGCAGUGGGGUACCCCUGAAAAACUGCCAAGAGCUCAUACCUGCUUUAAUCGCUUGGAUUUGCCUCCAUACGAGUCGUUUGAAGAUCUGUGGGAUAAACUUCUCCUAGCGAUUGAAAAUACUCAGGGUUUUGAUGGGGUCGAUUAAGAUACAGGCGUAACUCCUAAUGGUCCAGUGCUGCAACUUCAUUUCAAGGGUUUACAAACAAAUCUGAAUUUUCCAGGGACUACCAUUGUUUUUAGUCACAUGGCUAUUGAAUUGUCAGAGUAUCAGUUGUAAAAUAAGUAUUAAAAGAUUUACUAACUUUUUAAAAUGUAUUUUGCUGUUUCCCCAGUUUUGUGUACUUUGCUAAUAACUACAGCAUAGACAUUGGGUGGGCCAGUGCCAAGGAAGUGAAAAACUAAAACGUUUUGAAGCUGUUGCUGCUUCUACAGUAUUUGACAGACUGCUCUGCAGUAAACUACUGAAGUAAAACUGUGAAGAAAGCUUUGCAGGGGGUAUAAAUUUGACUUGCUGCUUGAAGAGGAACAACCGAAAUCAUUAAACUGUUUUUAACAAAGCAAAACCAAAACCUAAGCCAAUAAACUUCAUGUAAUGCAAUGUCAUAAUCUGUGCUGCUCCAAGCUGUUUGCUGCCCGUGUGCCCUAAGCACUUUGCAGUUCAGCAUAUUAGGUGAAACGUGGAAAAGUGGCUUUUUUGCCUCAUCAGCCAUCAUUUUGUAGAACAUCAGCUUGCUGACAUGUUUUAUUUGUUAGAUUUGUUUCUAACUUGCUUUUGUUAAAACAGUGUAAA